CAAGGGACACGGGACACACAAGGGACACGGGACACCCCCCCGGGGUCCCACCCCCUGCCCACGGCCCCUGCCCGCAGGCCCGAUGGACGCGGAGGCGCCGGCGCCCCGGCGGCUGUAGGACCCCCCCCGCCGCAGGUGAGGGUCGGGUCGGGUCGGGUCGGGUCGGGCGGGGGCUCGUCCGGGGGGGUCCCGCCGCCCCCCGGUGCCGCCGCUGCCCGUGCGCCCCCCUCCCUCCGCCAUGUCGGGGGCCCUCGGCAAGCGGAGCGACCUGGCCAACGACAACGGGUGCCCGGGGCUGAGCCUGGGGCUGCGGGGCCCCCCCGAGCCCGGGCAGCCGCUGCGCCCCAAGGGCUCCCCCCAGGGCCCCCCCCUGCACGGCAGCACCGGGCUGCGGGGCGGGGGGGGCCCGGCCGGCGAGGAGCCGGCCAACGCCAAGUGGGUGAAGGACGGGCAGAACCAGCUGCGCCGGGCGGCCGAGCGGGACCAGAACCGCAACGAGCUGGGGACCCCCCCCGAGGAGACCGAGGUCUCGGCCCGCAACACCCGCAACGCUGGCGGGGGGGCCCUGCCCCUGCUCAUCGACCUGCGGGGCGCCGGGGACGAGGAGGAGGACGAGGAGGAGGACGACGAGGAGGAGGAGGAGGGCGACGGGGACUCCACGCCGGUGCAGAGCGACCCCAUGACGGCCGAGUCGGAGCCGAGCGGGGAGCGGGCGCCCCGCGAGCACGGCCGCAGCGCCAGCCUGCUCUUCGGCGUGCGCAGCGGCACCGCCAGCGACGAGGACUCCAGCUGGGCCACGCUCAGCCAGGGCAGCCCCGGCAGCUCCCCCGACGACGCAGACUCCUUCUGGACCCGCAACUCCUUCGAGACGGACUCGGACCUGCCUGCAGGAUGGAUGCGGGUGCAGGACACCUCGGGCACCUACUACUGGCACAUCCCCACCGGCACCACGCAGUGGGAGCCCCCCUCGGGGCUGGCCCGUGGCUCGGCCCCUGGCUCCCCGGGGAACACCCCCUCCGAGGAGCUGCCGCUCGCCUGGACGGGCUUCGCCCCAGCUGAGCGCUUCGGUGAGGGGGAUUUCUGGAAGGACCCUGUGGCCGAGGAGGCGGAUGAGGAGCCUGGAGCGCAGGACGAGGAGCCGGUGUUGCCGGGCCUGGCCUCGCCGGGCGGGGGCAUGGCCCUGGCCGAGGAGGACAAGCCGGGCUCCAAGCGCUUCGCCGUGCGCUCGCUGGGCUGGGUGGAGAUGAGCGAGGAUGAGCUGGCGCCGGGCCGGAGCAGCAUCGCUGUCAACAACUGCAUCCGCCAGCUCUCCCUGCACCAGCACGGCCCCCCUGGCACCUGGGGGGAGGGCCGGGCGAUGCUGCUGCUGCUGGAGAACCAGACGCUGAAGCUGGUGGACCCGCAGGAUCAGGCCCUGCUGCACGCGCAGCCCGUGGCCAGCAUCCGCGUCUGGGGCGUGGGGCGCGACAGCGGCAGAGACUUUGCCUACGUGGCCCGGGACCAGCUGACGCAGAUGCUCAAGUGCCAUGUCUUCCGCUGCGAGAGCCCCGCCAAGAACAUCGCCACCAGCCUGCACGAGGUGUGCUCCCAGAUCAUGGUGGAGCGGCGAAGUGCCCGGGCGCUGGCUAACGGCCUCUCCGUGGACCCCGCCAGGCUGGUGGAGAUCCCCUUCCAGGUGGAGUUCCCGGCGCCCAAGAGCGAGGUGGUGCAGAAGUUCCCGGUGUGCUACCUGGGCUGCGUGCCCGUCGCCAAGCCCGUGGGCAUGGACGUCAUCAACGCGGCGCUGGAAGCGGCACUGGCCACCGGCAGCAAGGAGCACUGGACCCCCAUCGUGGUCAACGUGGCGCCCGCCACGCUCACCAUCACCCACGAGCAGACGGAGGCGGUGCUGUGCGAAUGCCGCGUGCGGUUCCUGUCCUUCAUGGGGGUGGGCCGGGACGUGCGCUCCUUCGCCUUCAUCAUGGCCAGCGCCCCGGGCGCCUUCCGCUGCCACAUGGUCUGGUGCGAGCCCAACGCCGCGGGGCUGAGCGAGGCGCUGCAGGCCGCCUGCAUGCUGCGCUACCAGAAGUGCCUGGACGCCCGGCCCCAGGCCUCCAGCUCCUGCCUGCCUGCGCCGCCCGCCGACUCGGUGGCCCGCCGGGUGGGCUCCUCCGUCCGCAGGGGCGUGCAGACCCUGCUGGGCAGCCUGAAGCCCAGGCGCCUUGGGGCCCAGACGCCGUGAGCCGGGAUGGGAUGAGCGACCGAGACCCCUUCCCUACCCGCUGCCCCCGUGACGGGACGGAGGGGGUGGCGGGGCUGGGGAUGCGCAGGGCACCGGCGGGGGGAUGAGCCCGCACCGGGGUGGGGGGUGGGGGCACGUGUGUGCGAGUGUGAGCGUCCCCGUGCGCAGAGCCACCUGCGCGUGUGUGCCGGGGCCACGUGCCCAUGCGGGGGGCUUGCUGAGCGCAGUGCCCUGCCGCGGCUCUGCCUCCUCCGGCCGUGCCCUGGGGCGGGGGGUCCUGCCCCACACACCGGGGCGAGCCCCCCGCUGCCCCGUGGGGACGAUGGCGGGGACGCGGGGCCCGCCCUGCCCCAAUGCAUGCGGUCUAACCUGCGGCGUGGGGCUCCCCGGGGCCGCUGGCUCCGGAGCCGCCGCUCUUGCUGUAACAAAGAUCUGUGUCGUACUAAAUAAUUAAUAAACCCAUUCC